CGAUUUUCUACUUGACAUCAUGUACAUGGUUUGAGGGUGAACGGAAAAAUAUGGCCGCUAUUUCCAAACAUAGUUACGUCGAAUGAGCACUGUUUGGAGACGCAACCAAACACCUCUUGGCUUGAUAUUCCUUCUUAGAGAUCGUAACGUGCUUUACAACCAGAAAUCGCUUUGAAUUGACGAGAGACCGCGGUUUGGACGCGAAGAAAAGAACAUAGAUAUCGACGACUGGAAUGGCGACGCGUUGAUUUGUUUUUUCAGACGAAAAUAUGAGUACGGCGAAAAGAAAGAAGCGAAGUUCGAGCCUCAAAGGUUCCUUGAAUCCAUCUAAACGGCAUCGCGACCGUUUUAACAUUGAGCUAGAUAACCUUGCAAAACUUUUGCCAUUUCCUCAUGACGUGAUCCAGAAAUUAGAUAAACUGUCUAUCCUGAGAUUGUCUGCUAGUUAUCUCAGAGCCAAAAACUUCUUCAAAGGCCAGCAAUGGACAGAAGAAAGCAAAGUUGGAAAACUUUCUGAUGGACCCCCAGACUUUGAAGGCAAUGGAAUAUUUUCCAAGCUUCUACUGGACGCUUUGGAUGGUUUUGUCAUUGUGUUGACAAGAGAGUUUGAAGUAUUUUAUGCAUCUGAAACUGUUCAAGAUUAUCUUGGCCUGGCGCAGGCAAGUGUUAUACACCAGGACUUUUUAAGAUUUAUCCAUGUGGAUGACCAUGAUCUCAUUAGAAAAAAUCUUCUGCCUUUCCCCGAAGAUGAAGAAGAACAGAAAAUAAGAAUUCUUGAUGAAGAAAAUGAUGGGAUUGCUUCAGAGACUGGCAGCACAUGUAGCUCAGAUGAGCAAGGAAAGGAUGUGGAGACAGAAAGAUCUUUUGUGUGCAGAAUGAAAUGCAUUCUGAACACUAGUGCUGGUUUUUUCAAGCCAUUCAGAUGUAGCGGCCGUUUACGUGAAAUGACGCUUCCUGACUGUGAAAGAAGAGACUAUGGCCUGUUCAUGAUCUGCACUCCUCUAGAAACUGUGUCGUCAUCAGUGCUUGAGAUCAGACUAAAGACAUCGCUGUUCUGCACCAAGAACAGAAUGGACUUGAGCUUCAUGGAUAUAGACCAAAAGGGUCGAUCACUUCUUGGUUAUCAUAAGAGAGACAUCGCCCUACAAUCAAGUUAUUGUAUGAUCCAUUUUGAUGAUAUUCCAGUACUGAAGACACUUCAUGGUGAUUUGAUGAGCACUGGAAAAUGUCAGGGAACCUUCCGUAUGCUGAAUAAAAACUUAAAGUGGCAAUGGCUUACUGGCACCGCACAAGUUGUGUUCAAAGGGACCGAGCCUGAUUUCAUUAUCACAACGAACAGGCCCUUGAGUGAGGAGGAAGGUGAGGAAAUUUUGCGACAGAGAGGGCAAUUUCCUGCCUUACCCUUUACAGCAAGUGAUAGUGGCUCACCAAGUCCUCGUAGUCCAAGAAGCCCGGGUAGUAUCAGUAGCUACAGCAAUGGUGGCAGUCCCCUAGGAGUUCCAUGGGGAGACUUCUCGGCAACUGCAGAUUUCAAAUACCCAACUAUGCCUGCGUCACAUAAGUAUUCUAGCAAUGGUAGAUUGAAACGAAAGGGAAAUGUUCCUGACGGAUUUGUUAAAUCUCCUGCUAGUGGCUCGGCUCCUAAUCCCACGCUUCAAGAAGCUGACUCGAAUUCACCGCUGCUGCAGCAGCAUCCGUCGUCCCCAUUUCUUGCUGACGCUCUUUUGAGUUCCGCUACCUCUUGUACUUCUACACCUAUGACUCCCGAGGAGCCUGAGCUCUUCGACCUGUGUGUAGACAUACAAGCGGAACUUGAAAAAGAUGCGCCUGAACUCAGUGACUUCAUGCUUCUUGACCCACAAGAUUUAACCCUAGAUGACCUUCAUCUUGAGCCACUCGACAAUGCUGGUAAUGGAGGUGACCUCCUCCAAGGGAUGGAUCCGCCAACCUAUGAGGAAGCACUGUUACUCGCAACAGAUUGUCUUACUAUUGCAUGUAAUAAUGACAACAAUAGUUUGACGAGUCCUGAUGGAAGCCAACCGCCUCUAUCUCAAUCCCCCCCAAAAAAUCUGGAGCAUUUCUCUCCUAAGGCUCAAAUGGCUCCAUCACCAUAUCCAUCGCCGGCUAGUCACCCCUCUCCUCACUUGUCGCCUGGUGGCUUACCAACUCCUGAUCCCUCCCCUGUUGGGCACUGUAAUACUGCACCAGCACGGGUCAAUAUCUCCUGGGGAGGAAUGGGUCAGAUGAAAGUGUCUAAGGCUCCACAAGCCCCUCCUCCUCAAAUGCAGUCAAAGUCCGCUCUGAUUUCCACAACAAUUAAGAAGAAAGAAAGACAUGAAAUGUAUGGUCCCAGCUGCAUAACAGGACAACAGCCUCCAAACCCCAUGGUGAGUCCCAGAGGCAUGCAACACGGUCUUCAAGGAAACUGGGUGCACCCAAAUCAAGUCCCACAAGCUCCAAGGAACAUCCAACAACAGCAGUAUCCAGAUUGGAAAACCCAACAGCAUACAAUUCAACAAAGUGGGAUGCAAAAUUUUUCUGGGCAAAGAACUGCAACAGUCAUGGGCUCAGAAAAUGCAGUUUAUGCGACAAACAUGCAAGGUGGAAAAUGGGACUUGAAUGUUCCUCCUUUAUUCGAGGACACUCUUCCAUCUCUUGAGUAUGAUGGAGGCCUAGGAUAUACGAGGACUGCAACACAGCAGAACAUGGGAGGUACAGGUCACUUACAACAUCAUGGAUGGGAUCCCCAAGUAGACAUUUUAUCACCACCUUAUCAUCAAGAGGACUAUCAUGCAGGCUUUGGAUUUCAAGGAAAUCCAUUACCAGCAAAUUCCCAAGGCCAAACAACGUUGGGCUGGGGAUGAGAAACCUGUACCUAAAGCUAGUAUUACAAAAAUCCUCUAGGCUCUCCCCUAGGGGAUAGGGUAGAUGGACAUGUACACCAAGAAGUGAUCCUGGGUAAUUCACAGUUUGUAGUGGCUAAGGUUUUGCUGAGAAUACCUUGCAUCAUGUUGCAGAUUUCUAUCAAACGACUACUCAACUGCACGUCAUCUAGUAUUUAAAAACAGAGCCAGGUAUUAAUUCUUGGAGGGAGAUCUGCUCUGGGUUGUGGGCUAUAGCACUGUCUUACUUAUUAAGGAAUUUUGGUUUUAACAAUUACUUUCAGUUUGAUGAGGUUUGUCAGCUGUUCUCAAAUAUGUGUAGAAUAUAUUCAUUGUAAUACAUAUGAUCACAUUGUUCUGCUUAGUUGGACUUCCAUGGUGAUAUCUGUUAAAUUCUGUUAGGCAGCAAUGUUUAUGGUGGAGUUCAGAAGUAUGAAAAAAGACAAGUUUAUAAAUUCGAUUGUAUUAGAGAGAAGUAUUUGUGUCACUUUCUAGCUAUGCUGAUGUCCACAUGGUUUACCGUGAAUGUAAUAUCUUGUUAAUGGCUUGGACCUAAUGCAGAAAAAUUUGAUAAACUUUUCACAUCUUUCCUUUUGAAUCCCUCAUAAAUUGGGGCAAUAAAGUGGUGACUGGAAAUUUUUGGGGUUAUGAACUAAACCUGAGGUUUCUUCUUAAAAGAAGGGUGUACCUUUACAUUUUAUCCUUGUCAUUCUUCCAUUUGCGUACUUAUUUUCCUUGUGUUUUUUUUUUUUACUCAAGGAAUCUCAUCCAGUUUAUACAUUUUUCUUUAACUCCCAGAGGUGAUUAACAUGCAACAUCUCCUUACAAAAUCCAUACGUUAUCCAGCAAACGGGAAAUGAGAAUACACAAACUUAUUGAAUAGAAGUUGUUACCUUGAUCUAACACCAAAUUCUUGGAAAGGAAAUGGGAAGCAGUUAAAGAGGAGAAUUAACAAACAGAUCUAGGGAGUUAAAAGGGGUUGAUACAUAAGUAGUGGGUAGGUACUUGAGUAAAACAAGAAAUGAAUUGAGACACCACUUUGCAACCAAAAAAUAUCUAUUCAGACCACAUUUUAUUCACUAUUUACUUUUCUAUGUUACAUAUUUAUGGAUGUUUAUAGAUUUGAUAUUUUCUCCCUUAGUUUGGAAGGGGGAAGAUGACUUUUUGCUAAAUGUUUCUAUUCAUUUUUCAAUAUUUUGAACUUUACACCUUUUGUGUACAUACAAAGGUACACCCUUUUUGCUUGCCAUGCCCUUACAAACUGUGAACAGACAAAUUUAUUCAGUGUUGACGUGAUUUCCUUGUAAAUACUCUCAGAAAAUUGUCAAUAGGAUUACUGGACUUCUUUUGUUUUUUUAUGUAAUCACCUUCCAGGUGAAGUGAUUGUACCAAAGUGAUUGUAGCUAAAACUGAAAUAAAUGUGCAUAUGAUCUUAAAGUAGAUUAACUUAUCUUGACGAGUGAUGGAUGUGGUGAUUUUUGUUUCAUUGGAAGUCAUUGCUUUGCCAAAACCAAGCUCUUAAAAUUAAGGUUGCCCUGUUUUUAUUUUUGUUUUCUUUUUUCUUUAAAUCUUUACAGAAAGUGCUUGCCUUGUUAAUUACACAUCUUGGGAAGGCAUCUGAGGCAGGGGGAAAGCAAAAUUCACAGGCUUUAAUGCAAUUGAAUCUGGCAAAAAUUAAAACUGUAAACAGUAUCACCCUCUAAACAGUGAUUUUGAAACUCUUUUAAGAGCUUGGGUUUGAGCAAAGUGAAUUUCUAUCACCUGUCAGUAUAUUUUUAAAUUGGCUGUAAAAUGCUGGUAAAGCCAAGCUAUGAAAUCAAGGCUAAAAAAAAAAAUGUAGACAUACUAGUAGGUCGUAACUUUUAGGUACUAGCUUAGUAGUGUAUAGUUCCUGUAGAAUGGUAUACAUUAUGAUUAGACUGAUGGGUUAUGUGUCAAUAUGCUAUAAAAUAUUGCCAAUAAACAGCACUUCAAACCGUGGUUGAAUUCCCUCGGUCAUCUCC